GCUGAAAAAAGAAUAGCGAACUUAUUUGUUCAAUAUAAGCAUGUCAAGGGGCCAACUUUUUACAAUUUAAGUGAUAUUCGCGCUUGUCAUCGGGUUUAAAUUUCCAGAACAGAGAGCCCGAGGCCCGAGGAAAGAAGAAUUAUAGCCGAGUUAUAGUCAUAUUAAUCCUAUUAAAACGUUGAAAUCAACUAAUAAAAGUUAUCGUUCUGCGCUCAGUGGUCCACACUCUACAGACUACACCUUGAAAGCAAAACUGACUGGCUAUUUUGACACGACCAUAUGAGAGAAAAGUGCUCAAAUAUAUAUACACCAAGUUCUAAACUUAACUCAAAUCAAAGAUCAGACCUGGCUUACUUCUGUGAGAGUAAACAUAUGCAGUCGGAUUUGAUACAACCAUGGAAUGCGGAUUUUGCCAAAGAUGUGGUCUUUGCCCAAAGACGUGGUCUAUGCCCAAAGAUGUGGUCUAUGCCUGAAGAGCUAAAAACGAUGACUCAUUCAUUCACCAAUUUCUAGUUAUAGGUUCGGUUUGUUUAUAUUUAACGUAAAUAAUGUCAUCGCUGCACCACCCAAAAUCUUGAAAAUUUCUCAUCAGUUCUGUAUACGAGAACUAAUCAACUUGUUUAUAGAAUUCAAACCAGAUGGGCUUGACAGGUGAAAUAAUCUAUCACCUUCAACGAAAACGUAAAAUAAGUGGAUACAUUAAUAAGUAUACAUAUAUAUUUGUCAUUUUUAUUAUAGUCCCGUUUGCCCAAAUUUAUUGAAAAUUACACAAAAUUACUAUGAAUUUAAACUAUUCAUUUUACUGUUUAAUUGAUCGAAAGAUAUUCGAAAUAUUUAACAUUUUGAAACUUUUCUCGAUUGUCUGGCUUACUUACUUACUUACCAACAAUAAAUCCUAAUGUUUUCAUGGAAUAAAUAAAUUUGGACGUACAUACUAUACGUAAUGAUACGAACUAACGUAUAUUUUCAAUAUUACUAUGAUUUUUUGCGUAUAUAGUAUCACGAGUAUACCAUGACUUGUGGGAUUGACGUGAAAAGGUUGCACGACUUCAUAGUCAAUAUUAUUUUAGUGACGGUCGCGUUGUAUUCUGACACGCGUAUAUUUUGACGCUGGUGCCAUUUGAUUUUGAUGCCUAUGAUAUCCACAAUGAUGCGACUUGACGUCUUUCAUCCUAUUCCUUAAAACUACAUUUUUAUUUGAUAAAAAGUAACUUUAUGUAAAGUGUUUUCAUAGAUGUUUUAGUAUAAAAUGUAUGUCGGAAAUAUAUUACUAUCAAAUUAAAUUUUUGGCCUUAACAAUAUGAGCAGUCUUAGUACCCUCAUUAAAAGACCAUCCACGUUGAAUUUAAAUGUAGGUCGCCUGUGUAUGGCUUAGUAUAUAAUAAGAAAUACGUCUUGCAUUAUUCUGCACUUACUUUGAAAUGAAUUAACGAUGAAAGCGCGUUAACAAAUUCAAGUUUGCUCUUCAUACUUUUGUUCGUAGGUUGUGGUGAAUGACAAGCGAUAAUCAUGUCAUGGUUAGUGACGAAUACCGAAUACGGAAUUUUUUUUUCAUGUUUAAAAAAACUUGUUUUACUUUUAACACAGUUUCAAGUUCAGCUUAUACGUCUGCGCUUUUUUCUGACGCAUUAAACAAAAACGAGAUAACUUGCUAUAGAAAAAGUUUAGUGGUUUAUUAGAAAUCAUGUAUUUUCACAGGUGGUGUAAACUUGUACGUAAGUCGAGAUAUUAUAAAGUAUAUAAAUGAAAAGCGUUGUUGUAUAGUUUAGUAGUUUAUCAGCAAGGAAACAAGACUAGCAGGUAAUUCAGAAAAGUUGUUUAAAACUUCGUCCGCGCUUACGAUGGAAAUCUUCAAAUUCUGUAUGUUUUCUACUGUUCUUCUUGUUUGUAUGGACAAAUCUUUGGCACAUACAUGUAACGAUGUCGUUUUACAGAGUGAUGUUGACCAUAGUCGGCUGAAUGGAGAAUGGCGGCAGGCAUAUCAUUCACGCGAUUCUCGAUACGAUAACUUUGAGUGCUUUAAUAUGAGAAUAUUCGGCAUCAGUAAAAUUCAUAAGCUUUUUUACGCUCAAGAAACUAUACAUGAGACAAGACCCAAAAUCGGCUCAAUCGAAAGAAUAGUUUUUUCUACAAUGUGCUGGGAAAAUUGUGUUUCAGAAAGAGAAAUCCACGUUGAUGGACAUAUUGCAACUGACUAUGAUACUUAUAUGAUUAUUCAUACAUGCCUUGAAGAUCACCCCAUCAUUGAUAUUGAAAUACGUAAAGGCAUUGAUGACCUAUCAUUAGAGAAAGUCCGCGAAAUUUCAGGAAUUCUUGACAAAAUCCAGGUUAAUUUUUUCGCCUUGCAAGAAAGAGACAGGAGCACAUGUCCACCGCCAAGACGAUAAUGCAAACAUUGUCAAUCACAUAAUGUAUUAAACUGUGGAUUCCUUUUUAAUUGAUUUAAAACACGAGUAAGAUUAUAUUGCCUCUGUCAAAUUUUAUAUGUGUUAUACUCUGUAAGUUAAUGUUGAAACUCUUCUGAAUGAGAGAUGAAUUUGUCUUAAUAAAAGCGUCUGAAGAACGUGUGACAAAUAUGUAUACUAACUCAAAAAUAUACAAAGAUAUUUUAAGCAAACAUAUGGAGCAAAAUGUGCGCUAAAUAAAUAUAUUUUCUAUGCUUUAUUCAAGUCGCAUUCUUUUAUAUCAUUCUGGUUACAACCGACGCUACCCGUUUCCAUUCAAACUGGCUUCUGUCAUGUAGCUCAGCGUCGUUUCUUGGAUACAAAAUGGAACUAUAGGGCGUUAUUGUUGUAAAUCUUGCAGUUAUCGAGGUUAUUGUUAUUGGAAAAAAUCGCCUUUCUCCACAUUCAUCACAUUAUAGAUUUAUUUGGGUAAAGUAUCGCUCAAACUACAAUAGGGGCUACUGUUCCACAACUAGGUACAACAUAAUAAACUUCAUGCUUUAAUUAAGCAAUAUAUGGAAGCGCACUCAAAUUGUAGUUCGAUUGAAUAUAUAACAUUUAGUUGUCACGAAUGUUGUAUUACCAGGAAAACUACCGAUAAAGUCGUGCAGAAUAAAUUAAUCUAUUUCCGGUUUUCAGUGUAUUUCCUGGUUGAUUGAUGGAGUACAAAUAUUACUUCCGUUUUUCACCGGAAGUAGACUGCAAUUAGUGACCACUCUGCUAAAAUUAAGCUAUAAGUACCCACCACACAGAUAAUCCAAUGGUUGAAUAUAACAUAACGAUUCAGCUUCACAGUUUCGCAUGUGCUUAUACUUAUAAAAAUGUGUAUAAUCAAUCUUUCUUUUUUAAAUGUCAAUUCCAAUGACGUCAAUAGAGAACCGAAGUGUGAAAUUUAUUAGCAAUGAAGUUUGUAUUUCAAUAUGAAUAAUCUGAAAAGAGAUUUUCUACGUCGGAUUUUAUUAAAUAUAUGGUAUUUUGCAUUCAAACCGAAAAUUGUGGUUUCAUUUUGGAUGAAUUCGCAGACUUGUUGAUAUCAGUAGAACGCUAGUCAAGUUUUAUUUACUUUUUAAAGUAUAGUCACAAAAUUGCUUGUUUUUCUUGUUUUUACUUGUUUAUAUGAAAUAAAAAUAAUUUUAUAAUCGUUAA